GAGGGACGGCCGACUUCCUACCCGGUCACUCACCGGAUAACAUGGUUCCUGGGACCAUCAUACCAUAAACCUGCUAGUACUUGAGCCCCCUCUCUGCAUCAGAGAAUGAGUAAUUGAACUUAGCGUCCCAUCACCGUCGGACAGAGCGAUAGAACGUUGUGACUUGGACGUAAACCAUCAUGUCUUAUCCCCUGCGUUUCCCUACAGAGAAGCCUCUCGUCACUCUCACCCAUCGUACGUUACCCUUAGGCAAACAGCGUGGAUUCAAUCUUGAUAUUCACACAUGUCUAGCUACUGCGUCCAUCUGGAUAAUUGAAUUGCACAAUGGUCCUGACAGCAGGUUGUCUACUGCACUGAUCAACGAUGGUCUGCAGCCUGCACUGGAUGCAGUCGAGCGUGACUGGCGCAAUGGAUGGCGCGCAGCCCGAGCGGCGAAGAACAAGACCGGUGGUAAGGGUGCCCUAAUAAUUGUCGGGAAUAGAGGACAGGACAAGUUCUUCAGCAAUGGACUUGACUUUGAUAGCCUUUCGAAGGACCCUCAUUAUUCACUCAACUUCUUCCCUCACGUAUAUAAUCCUCUAAUGCGCCGGUUGAUUACAUUCCCAAUUCCUACUAUUGCUGCUAUUAAUGGCCACUGCUUUGCUGGGGCUAUGAUGCUGUCACUUUGCUGUGACUAUCGUGUUAUUACAGACGGUGGCAAGCGUAAUGUUUGGAUGUGUAUGAAUGAGAUACACCUUGGUGCCGGAUUUCCGCAGUCGUUCACCAGUCUGAUCCGUGCAAAGAUCCCCGAUGCUCGUACACACCGCAAGGUGAUCCUCGAGGGGCAUCGCUUCUCACCUUCAGAGGCCCUCGAAGCGGGACUUGUAGACCACACAGUGAAUGGUGACACAGAAGCGGUCAUUGCGAAAGCUCAGCAAGUCGCCGAUACUGUCAGUUCGCUGUGUAUCCCUGGAUCGUGGGGUAUCUCCAAACGUGAAUUAUAUCGCGAUGUUAUCGAAGCUUCCACCAAGGAUACGGUGAUCGCUAAUGUACCUGCUGACGACGCUGUUGCAAAGGCAAAGUUGUGAAUACCUUCGUCUAGGAAUACAUCAGUUUCCCAGAUUCUUCCUGUUUCGGGUUUCCGGCUGUCACAGUUCAGCCCUAUCCAAGGUCAAAAUUAUUUGCUGGAAUAUUUGCUUCCUUCCUUGGUUACCCACGUGGGGGUUGCUAUACCA